AUGAUUAUAGAAAACAAAGAACUCAAUUGUGAACUCAAUUCCUUCCAAAGAUACAUCCACUCGAAGGAAAAGCCGUUCAAAUGCGUGGACUGCGGGAAGGGCUUCUGUCAGUCGCGAACGCUGGCCGUCCACCGCAUCCUCCAUCUGGACGACUCGCCGCACAAAUGCCCGCAAUGCGGCCGUUCCUUCAACCAGCGCUCCAACCUGAAGACGCAUCUCCUCACUCACACCGACAUCAAGCCCUACGAGUGCCACCACUGCCACAAAGUGUUUCGCCGCAACUGCGACCUCCGCCGCCACACUCUGACCCACAACCCCGCGGUGGAGGGCCAGUCGCAGCCGUCGUCGCCCUUCUGCGACGCCGAGUGCCGGCGUUCGCACCAAACGGAGGACGAAGACGUGUUAGACGUGGAGAACUGA